AUGGACGAUAUUGAAUAUGCUAAUUGGGAUAUAGCCACUGCUACUGCCAAUGGCUCUGCCACGGCCCCCGCUGAGAAAGCUACCUCCCCCGUCCCCAGCAACUCCAGCAAAGCCGCCUCCCCCUUUGUCGAACGGAGCAACCCCAUAGGUGGUGCUACCAAUCCCCAGACUGUGAUCUCCAAGGACCCCAAGGCCGCUGCUCAGGCUGCCAGCGACAUGCGCAAUGUCGUCCGCCGCAAGUUGACCGGAUACGUCGGCUUUGCCAAUCUGCCUAACCAGUGGCACCGCAAGAGUGUUCGCAAAGGUUUCAACUUCAACGUGAUGGUUGUUGGUGAAUCUGGUCUUGGUAAAUCUACUUUGAUCAACACUUUGUUCAACACCUCGCUCUACCCGCCCAAGGAGCGCAAGCCUCCCAGUGCCGACAUCAUUCCUAAGACUGUCUCGAUCCAGUCAAUCAGUGCCGAUAUUGAGGAGAAUGGUGUCCGUCUCCGCCUGACUGUUGUCGAUACCCCUGGAUUUGGCGACUUUGUCAACAACGACGACUCGUGGAGACCAAUUGUUGAGAACAUCGAGCAACGAUUUGAUGCCUACCUCGAGGCGGAGAACAAGGUUAACCGCAUGAACAUUGUCGAUAACCGCGUUCAUGCUUGUGUUUACUUCAUCCAGCCUACAGGCCACUCCCUCAAGCCCCUCGACAUUGAGGUCAUGCGCCGCCUCCACACCAAGGUCAACCUGAUUCCAGUCAUUGCGAAGGCUGAUACCUUGACCGAUGAGGAGAUUUCUCAAUUCAAGCAGAGAAUUCUUGCCGACAUCCAGUACCACUCCAUCCAGAUCUUCGAGGGCCCCCGCUACGAGCUCGAUGACGAAGAGACCAUUGCAGAGAACCAGGAGAUCAUGUCCAAAGUCCCUUUCGCCGUUGUUGGUGCCAACGCCGAGGUGACCAGCCCCGAUGGACGCAAGGUCCGUGGUCGUCGCUACCCAUGGGGUGUGAUUGAAGUCGACAACGAGGAGCACUGUGACUUUGUCAAGCUGCGCCAAAUGCUUAUCCGCACACAUAUGGAAGAGCUCAAGGAGCACACCAACAACAGCUUGUACGAGAACUACCGCUCCGAUAAGCUCACCCAGAUGGGUGUUGCUCAGGACCCAAGCGUCUUCAAGGAGGUCAACCCGGCCGUCAAGCAGGAGGAGGAGCGCGCCCUGCACGAGCAGAAGCUUGCCAAGAUGGAAGCCGAGAUGAAGAUGGUCUUCGAACAAAAGGUCCGCGAAAAGGAGAGCAAGCUCAAACAGAGCGAAGACGAACUGUACGCUCGUCAUCGGGAGAUGAAGGAGCAACUAGAACGACAACGACAAGAACUAGAAGAAAAGAAGGCCCGGUUCGAGAGCGGACGGCCUAUCGAAGAGAAAGGCAAACGGAAGGGAUUCUCCCUCCGCUAA